AUGGUGCCGAGCCAGGGGACGAGGAAGGCCGUGCCCGGGGCCCAGGGCGCGCGCAUGCACAUCGAGCGCACGGAGGAGGGCGGCAUCGUCGCCGCGGAGGAGUUCCACGAGCGGCUCCCCGGGGGCAAGAAGCACUGGGAGGCCGACGGCCGCUUCCAGACCGAGUCCCAGCGCACGUUCGCCGGCCGGGGCGCCGGCGGCUUCGGCGCGCCGGGCGGCGACGGCGCCGCCUUCGUCACGUCGAGCCAGCUCGCGGCGCGCGGCGCGUCGACGGACCGCGAGUUCUUCGGCUCCUCGACGAAGCGCCGCGGCAAGAAGCAGGUGCGCCCGGCCUACGAGACGGCGGGCGUCUACCACCAGCCGUCGCCCAUCCUCGGCGGCGCCGCCGUGCCGGCGCCCCGCGGCGCGCCGCGGCCCGGCGGCGCCGCCGUCGCCGCGACGCAGCCCCACCGGUCCGGCUCCCUCGCGGGCUACCGCUCGCGCCAGUUCAACGCCGGCGCGCCGAGCAUGCUCAGCACGGCGGCGAGCGGCAUCGCCCACAAGGUCGCCAUCCCGGACACCCUGCCCAACAACGGCACCUACGAGUGGGCCCACAAGAAGGAGCUCUUCGACGCCGGCAACUACCGCGCCCCGGGCACCAUCGUCGGCUACACGGGCCGGCGAGCGCCCUGA